UGACUCCGAGCAGUAUUCUUUCUUGAGCUGUGAACACAGAGAAGACUGAGAAACUAAAAUGGCCAGAACCAAGCAGACCGCCCGUAAAUCCACCGGAGGAAAAGCUCCCAGGAAGCAGCUGGCCACCAAGGCUGCCCGUAAGAGCGCCCCGGCCACCGGCGGAGUGAAGAAGCCUCACCGUUACAGGCCCGGUACCGUGGCUCUGAGAGAGAUCCGUCGCUACCAGAAGUCCACCGAGCUGCUGAUCCGCAAGCUGCCCUUCCAGCGCCUGGUGAGGGAGAUCGCUCAGGACUUCAAGACCGACCUGCGCUUCCAGAGCUCCGCCGUCAUGGCUCUGCAGGAGGCCAGCGAGGCUUACCUGGUCGGCCUGUUCGAGGACACCAACCUGUGCGCCAUCCACGCCAAGAGGGUCACCAUCAUGCCCAAAGACAUUCAGCUGGCCCGCCGUAUCCGCGGAGAGAGGGCUUAAACUCCCCACAGACCA